UCAGCUGUUCGCUGCUAGUUCGCCAGCUGUAGCAGGGAGUUGAAGUUUAUUGUUUGGGAAGCAAUAUGGCUAUCUGGUGAUUAGUAAUUGUGCGAUACGCUAGACAAAGAAACAACGCAGUUCUCAUGGUAUUUGGAGCCGCGUUGUACGUUAAAUUGUAGUUGACUUAAGUAAGAAGUAAAUAUAAUAAAUUAGGAAUGUUGGAACUCGAGGUAGUGCCCGAAAGAUCCCUUGGUUGUGAGCUGUGGGAAUUUAUUUUAGGUAUGCAUUUUUCCCAGUCUGUAUCAAUAAUACAAUCUCAAGUGGGCAUUAUUAGAGGAGUACAAGUACUUUAUAGCGAUAGUAAUCCAUUAGAAGUAGAUUUAGUAAUAAACUUACCUCAUGAUGGCGUUAGACUCAUAUUUGAUCCGGUGGUGCAGAGGCUUAAGAUAAUUGAAAUUUAUAAUAUGAGAUUAGUUAAACUGAAAUAUUGCGGUUUGCCAUUCAAUUCACCGGAGGUGUUACCUUCGAUCGAACAAAUCGAACACUCAUUUGGAGCUACUCAUCCUGGAGUAUACGAUAGCGAAAAACAGGUUUUUGUGUUAAACUUCAGAGGAUUAUCAUUUUAUUUUCCAAUUGAUUCCAAAUUCCAGCCAGGAUAUGCACAUGGCUUAGGUUCAUUACAAUUUCCAAAUGGAACUUCCCCUCUUGUUGCAAAGACAGCUAUUUAUGUUGGUAAUAUGGCUACUGGUUCUAAUAGUGAAGAACACAAUAUGAGAGCCCCACCACCGCCAUUACCACUUGUGUGUUAUCAUAAUAAUUUAUAUUUGGAAAAGGCUGAAGUUAUGCGCGAUAAAAUGCAUACACGAGGUCUCAGAUUACACCUUUUCACUGAAGGAAGUUCUGUUACAAGGGUGCUAUUAGAACCGAGAAGGAGUGGUCUCACUAAAGAAAUUUUAUUUGGUGAUACUUGCGAAGAUGUAUUAAGUGCUCUUGGUGCACCAUCAAGAGUAUUUUAUAAAGCAGAGGAUAAAAUGCGUAUUCACAGUCCUCAUGCACAUAAACGUGAUAAGAUUAGAAGGUCUGAUUAUUUUUAUAAUUAUUUUACGUUAGGAUUGGAUGUUCUAUUUGAUGCCAAAACUCAGUGUGUAAAGAAGUUUGUUUUACAUACUAAUUAUCCAGGACAUUAUAAUUUUAAUAUGUACCACCGUUGUGAAUUUACUUUAAUUUUUCCUCCAGAUAAUAAAUCUACAGAAUCGAAAAAACUCAUUGACGUUUCUCCUUCUCCAGUUACAAUCACUGCCUAUACAAAAUGGGAUAGUAUAAGUGAACAGUUAAAGGCAAGUGCACGUCCUGUAGUGUUAAAUCGUGCAUCAUCAACAAAUACCACGAAUCCAUUUGGAUGCACCUUUUCUUAUGGAAUACGUGAUGCAAUUAUUGAAGUUAUGGCUAAUCAGCACAUUGCCAGCGUGACUCUCUAUAAAGCAGCGUGACCAUAAUUAUAUUUCAAUUAUGGUGAAUAUUAGAAAAAGACCUCUAAAAAAAAAAAGAAAAAAUGAAAA